GAUUGGUGGUUUAACAGAGGAGUGGGCGGGACCAAAACAUCUAUGAGUCCAGGCUGGGGUCAAGGCUGAGCAGGAGAUCUGGGCGUUUCACCGACACCGAACCUGCUGCCGGCAGGCCGCCAUAUUAGGAGGCCCUGAGAAUAGAAGACAGGCAGCAGUGACCGAGGAUGGAGACGUCAGUGGAAGCAGCCGAGCUGUUGGCGCCGUCGCCCCUGGAAACCAAGAGUUUGGACGGAGACUCCGCCUCCUCGGCAACCUUUGACCCGAUGGAGGAGUUCAGCCGGCGGCUGCAGGACAUCCUGAGGACGCACGGCCCGGCCGAACCGGUCGCUACGGACAACGAGAUGGAAAAGACCCCAGAGGAGGUCAAAGGUCACAUGGAGACAGACGUGUCCCUCAUCCGGCAGCGCCUGAGCAACCUGCCGUCCGCAGAGGACCGACUGGAGGAACUGGUGCAGCAGUUCGCUGAACUGGCGGCGCUGUGGCGCGGCGAGCAACAGAAGAAGAGCGCGCUGCAUCAGAAACUCUGCCACCUGCUGGAGGAACGACGCUGCAGCAUGGCGGCGCGCGGCCAGCUGGAGGCGCUGUGCAGAGACCUGCAGGCUCAUUACGGCGCGCUGCGGGAGGAGACGCUGCGGCGCUGCAGGGAGGACGAGGAGAAGCGGAGCGACAUCACCAACCACUUCCAGGAGACGCUGACGGAGAUCCAGGCUCAGAUCGAGCUGCACAGCGGCCGCAACGACAAGCUGCGGCAGGAGAACGCCAACCUGACCGACAAGCUGGAGGGCCUCAUGAGUCAGUACGAGCGCCGGGAGGAGAGUUUGGAGAAGAUCAACAAACAUCACGACCUGCAGCACAAACUGACGGAGGCCAAACUGCAGCAGGCCAACGCGCUGCUGGCCGAGGCUGAAGACAAACACAAACGGGAGAAAGAAUAUUUGCUUAGAGAAGCUAUUGACAAAACAAAGAAAUGCUUCGCUAUGAAGGAGCAGGAGCUGGCCAUGAAGAAGAAGCUGGCACUCUACGCUCAGAAGUUCGACGAGUUUCAGGCAACGCUGGCCAAGAGCAAUGAGAUCUAUGUCCGCUUCAAACAGGAGAUGGACAACAUGACUGAGAAGAUGAAGAAGGUGGAGAAGGAGGCAAACCUUUGGAAGACCAGGUUUGAGAACUGCAACAAGACGCUGAUCGACAUGAUUGAGGAGAGAACAGAGAAAGGCAGAGAGUACAACCUGUUUGUCCUGAAGAUCCAGAAGUUGGAGAAGCUCUGCCGUGCUCUGCAGGAGGAGAGGAAAGGGCUCUACGACAAGAUCCGAGAGGUCCGCCAGUCCAGCGCCGGCCUCCCGUCCAAACUAGCCAACUUCACAGAGAACGCUGGAGUUCCUGAAGACGCUGGCAUGCCGGACCUGGAGGGGCUCCAGGAGCUCCAGCAGGACGACCCGGUUCUGACGGAGAACAUCGUCCGGCUGCGGCAGGAGCAGGUCAAGCUGCAGGAGUUCGCCGCCGCCCUGCUGGCCGCGCCGGGCGAUAACGAGGAGCAGGAAGAGAAAAAGGAGCUGGGCGACGAAGACGAUAUCAUCGUCUCCGCCAUCGCGCAGUUCCAAACCAGAACCAACAUCAAGGAAGGUCUGGCUUCAGUGCCUGGUCAGGCAGAAGGCAGAGAAGAGAAGGCUGAAGAUCCACCUGUGGUUCUGCUGAAGGGUCAAGAACCACAGGGAACCAGGUCAGAACCAACCGACUCAGUGGCACCUCCAGAGGUGGAGCAGAGUCCGACACAAGUCAGAGAGGAUGUCCAACAGUCAGCAACCUCAGAACCAGGCAAGGCGGAUCCAGAACCAGGCAGGGCGGAUCCAGAACCAGCCAGGGCAGAUCCAGAACCAGCCAAGGGAGAUCCAGAACCAGGCAGAGCAGAUCCAGAACCAGGCAGAGCAGAUCCAGAACCAGCCAGGGCAGAUCCAGAACCAGCCAAGGGAGAUCCAGAACCAGGCAGGGAGGAUCCAGAACCAGGCAGGGCAGAUCCAGAACCAGGCAGGGCAGAUCCAGAACCAGGCAGGGCGGAUCCAGAACCAGGCAGGGCGGAUCCAGAACCAGGCAGGGUGGAUCCAGAACCAGCCAGGGCGGAUCCAGAACCAGCCAGGGGACAUCCAGAACCAGCCAGGGCAGAUCCAGAACCAGGCAGGGUGGAUCCAGAACCAGAAGCUUUAGAAACACAACGUCUGAAGGAGACCCGUUUUUUGAAACCAGUCCUCCCAGUGGAAGAGAUUCUGGUCCAGCAGUUGCCCAGUGGGCCAGAACCAGGAGAGUCCAGUAAACCGUCUGAUGGGUCAACCAAAGCAGCCGGCGGGAAGCAAAUCCCCAAGAAGAAGAAGAAGAGGAACAGCAAGAGCACCAGCUGAACCUCCAGCUGUGUGUGUGUGUGUUUGUGCGUUUGUUUCUAAUACCUUGUGGGGACCAUUUUCCUGACACUACGUUGUGGGGACUGAAGCCUGGGCCCCAUAAGGGGAAUCCUGUUUAUGGGUCAGGGGUCAGAUUUAGGACUAAGGUGUGAAUUGAGUUUUGGUUGGUUAGCGUUAGGUAUGUAACGGUAAGGAUAAGGAUUAGGCGGUAGAAAUGAAUGGAAGUCAAUGGAAAGUCCCCACAAAGAUAUUCAUGCAAACGUGUGUGUGUGUGUUUGUAAAGGUCAGCUGUCCAAAUGAAGAUGUAGCUUGACCGGCUGGAGGAGAUGCCUCACUAACUUCUACAUUUACUGCACAUUUAGUGAAUCUAAAACCAGAGUUGGUAUCCAUGGCAACCACAAUCAAUAAAGUGAUUUUUUUUUUUUUUACAAA